CAGUUGGAUCUCAACGACGCUGGGCUCGAAGCAUUCUCCGACGUAUUUGCUCGCUUCCAGCUCCCCCCUGAUGAGACUUCAGGAAAAGACAGCGGGCCAACCAAGGGCGAGGUUAUCUACUCGGACGACGACAUGGCGUCAGAAGACGACUCGGACACUGAAAAGAAACCCCUGUCAAAGAAGAAGGCGCGCAAGUUGGCGCGGUUGACCGUUGCGGAACUCAAGCAGCUCGUCAAGAAACCUGAAGUUGUCGAAUGGACAGACGUCACAGCCGCCGACCCGCGUCUCCUCCUCCACCUCAAGUCCUACCGCAACACCGUGCCCAUCCCGAUUCACUGGAGCGCUAAACGUGAUUAUUUGCAAGGCAAGAGGGGUAUUGAGAAGCCGCCGUUCCAGCUCCCUGCGUACAUCGCCGACACGGGUAUCGCGACGAUGCGGGAUGCUGUGAAAGAGAAAGAGGCGAAUAUGAGUUUGAAAGCAAAGACGAGGGAACGGGUGCAGCCGAAAAUGGGCAAGGUGGAUAUCGACUACCAGAAGCUACACGAUGCCUUCUUCAAGUUCCAGACGAAACCACCUGUGACUGGUUUUGGAGAGAUGUACUAUGAAGGUAAAGAGUUCGAGACGUCUUUGAAAGAGAAGCGUCCGGGCGACCUGUCACCUGAGCUUGUGGAGGCUCUUUCAAUUCCUCCACUUGCACCGCCUCCUUGGCUUAUCAGCAUGCAGCGGUUCGGGCCACCACCAAGUUACCCUACCCUACGAAUACCAGGACUCAACGCGCCCAUACCUGAGGGCGCUCAGUGGGGUUUCCAUCCAGGUGGUUGGGGAAAACCACCCUUGGACGAGUACAAUCGUCCGCUGUACGGUGAUGUCUUUGGUGUCCUUCCAAAAGCUGGAGAUACAGGCGUCGGGGAACCUAUCGACAAGGAGCUAUGGGGAGAGCUCGAACCGGAAGAAGGCACGUCCAUCACCUUCGAAGAAGAAGAGAGCGAGGAGGAAUCAGAAGAAGAGGAAGCCAACGAGCCAGCACCGUUCGACGGGCUGCAGACACCAUCAGGUCUAGAAACACCUUCAGGCAUGACCAGUGUCGUGUCAACGGUCGCAGGUGGCCUGGAGACUCCCGACUUCUUGGAGCUAAGGAAAGGGCGGUCGGUGUCGGAGGCGGUGGAGUCGUCUGGGCCCAGGUCGCUGUACCAAGUUGUUCCGGAGAAGCAGACGUCGGUGAGGGGGUUGAUGGGGAGCGAGCGUGGCUACGACGUUUCUGGUGUUUCUGGGGCGCCUAUACCGGUUCUUGGGGAAGAAAGGGGUACUAAGCGAAAGAAUGGUGUGGAGGUGUCGUUGGAUGCCGGUGAGCUGGAGGGUCUUUCGGAGGAUGAGCUGAGGAGGAAAUACGAUGCGCAUGCGAGGGGGAACGCGGGUGUUCCUGGGGCUGGGAGUAGAGGGGAAGAUUUCUCGGAUAUGGUGGCCAAGGAGAUGGCGAAGAAAAAGCAAAAGAUGGAUCGGGACAGAAAUGAUAGGGAUGGGAAGAAGGGGAAGGAUUCAUUCAGGUUUUGA